CGAGGGCAGGAAGUGAAGAGGUCGGGCUCCUUUGGCGGGGCGUACGCUUGCGCAUAGGUCGGGUCAGAGGAAUCUUCGUUUUCGACACUGCUAGGAUAAUCAAGCAAAACAAAGAUGAGCUUCAUCUGUGGACUGCAGUUUGCUGCUAGAAACUGUGUUUUCUUCCGAUUGAAUUUACUGACCAGCUGGAGAAAAUGUAACACACAAGCUGUAACCUCACUGGACUGUCAUCAAGUGAAAAUUAACAAUAUAGUAAAUAAGUCUCUGGGCCUGGGAGUAAAUCAGGGUGAUAGAUGGACAUUUCUGCCUGAAAACUUUCAUUUCUAUAGGACUUUUAAUAACAAAAGAACAGGCUGCCUCUUGAGCACCAGAAGUAAGGAAAUUUGGAUGAUUACCCAAAAAUGUACUGCAUGGAAUAACUCUUUUUCAAGACAGCUACUGAUGAAAGACGUUCCAGUAGUUCCUGCUCUUUCAGUGGUGCAUCCUGUAAACUGUUUACCCACAAGAGACAUCAGGAGUUUCCAUACUUCUCCGCGGUUUCAAGCUGCUCCAGUUCCUCUCUUGUUGAUGAUUCUUAAACCAGUGCAGAAGCUACUGGCUAUCAUUGUGGGCAGGGGCAUAAGGAAAUGGUGGCAGGCACUUCCUCCUAACAAAAAGGAACUAUUUAAAGAAAGUGUAAGGAAGAAUAAAUGGAAGUUAUUCCUUGGUUUGAGUAGUUUUGGAUUGCUUUUUGUAGUAUUUUAUUUUACACACCUGGAAGUGAGUCCAGUCACAGGAAGGAGCAAGCUUCUAUUACUGGGGAAAGAACAUUUCAGACUUUUAUCAGAACUGGAAUAUGAAGCAUGGAUGGAAGAAUUUAAAAAUGAUAUGCUAACUGAGAAAGAUGCCCGAUACGUGGCUGUUAAAGAAGUGGUUCAUCAUUUAAUUGAAUGCAAUAAAGAUAUUCCAGGGAUCUCUGAGAUCAAUUGGAUAAUUCACGUGGUUGAUUCCCCAGAUAUAAAUGCCUUUGUGCUUCCAAAUGGACAAGUGUUUAUCUUCACUGGGCUUUUAAAUAGUGUGACUGAUAUUCAUCAGCUAUCCUUCCUUCUGGGCCAUGAAAUAGCACACGCAGUACUUGAGCAUGCCGCAGAAAAGGCUAGCUUGGUUCAUUUCCUGGAUUUCCUAGGUCUGAUUUUUCUCACAAUGAUUUGGGCCAUUUGUCCUCGAGAUAGUUUGGCACUUUUGGGCCAAUGGAUUCAGUCUAAAUUGCAGGAGUUUAUGUUUGAUAGACCAUAUAGUAGAACACUGGAGGCUGAAGCUGACAAAAUUGGACUACAACUUGCUGCAAAGGCUUGUGUGGACGUCAGAGCCAGUUCAGUGUUUUGGCAACAGAUGGAAUUUGCAGAAAGCCUCCAUGGUCUUCCCAAGUUGCCAGAAUGGUUAUCUACACACCCUUCUCAUGGAAAUCGAGCAGAGCACUUGGAUAGACUCAUACCUCAGGCACUCAAAAUUAGAGAGACCUGUAAUUGCCCACCACUUUCUGGACCAGACCCUCGAUUACUGUUCAAACUCAGCAUGAAGAAUUUUCUUGAAGAAGCAGAGAAAGAAGACCUAAAUAUCACUGUUAAACCGAAAAUGGAUACUCUUCCCAUUCAAAACGAGAAGCAAAUACCAUUAACGUGUAUAGUUGAGAAAAGAACUGGCAGUUGAAUUAAAAUUUAUGAGACACCAGAUAUAUGACGAAUGCAGUAAUCCUUAUCAUUUUCAUGUUACUUUUUAAAAAAUAUUGUUUGAAAUGAAAAAAAAGGGUACUCAGGGUCAAAUCAUGUAUAUUACAGGUGUUAUCUAAAUUCUUAUACUAGGUAUUUAUUUUUCAUAAAAUACUGAUAUAUUUUAAUCUAUUUUAAAAUAUCUUCAAUGAGGAAAAUGUCACAGAAUAAAUUUAUAUUACACAUUU